AUGGUCGGACGCAAAGGAGCUGUUCCACCUUCGGAUAUAAUUGAUGCAGUUCUAACAUUCAAAGAACGAGUGGUUUUGAAGAACGAGAAAAAUGAAAUGUAUAUAGUUGCAGCUACAAAUCAAGUAUGGACAGAUAUAAGGCUUUAUAUUGGUGACCGCAUGUCCUCGAAUGCUAUUCAUACUUUUGUUCAAAAGGGACGUCAUGGUAUAAUGGAAAAGCUAGGUUUUCCUUUAAAAUUUAAGCAGUCCUGUGAAAUUGUACAUACACCAAUCUUACCAGAUGAUGAAGAAUCGCCUGAUGACUACAGUUCUAAUGAUGAAGAUGAUGCACUCCCAUGUAAAAAAUUUGUAUUUACAUUUUCAUCUGAAGAAUGGGAUCAGAUACAACCUCAAGAAAAAGUGUUUAAGCUAACAGAUAAAUCUCGUCCGAUGCAAAGUACCAGAUCGUAUUAUGUUUUGCCUAAAGGUACAUGGACACCAAUACUUGCUGAACACUUUUGGGCACACUUUCAACUGCCUUGUUGUUUAUCUUUCCGAAGAGGUAAAGUUUAUCCCAGUGGAUCUGUAUACAUACGUGUCGUGGGACGUUGCUCUGUUUGCGACUCCAGAUUUAAUGGGACAGUUUUUGAUAAACCCCCUGGUGGUGCUAAAGUUCUUAUGCAUUGUACGUUCAGAGGUAAUUUUCAAGAGGCACACAAAACAACAAAAAAACGUCGUAUGAUAGGACCAGCAAUGGAAAAAGCAAUUUCAUCGAUUUGUGUCGAUGGACUAUCAAGUGAGACGUAUCGAGAAAGAGAAGCAGUACGUCUGAUAAAAACAGGUGCACCUGAUCCGUCCCUUAUUCCAUCUGGUAAUUCUUUACGCAUUUUAAAAUCACAAGUGACAGCAGGCAGUCGUAGACAUGAAGAUACCUUAACGUCAUUAGCUUUGAUGAAACAAGAAGAUGAUUUUAAGAACAUAAUUCAUGAUAUUGGAUGUGAUCCUUUUUACUUACAUUACCAUUGUGCUGAUCAAAUUAAAAUCUACAGAAACUACCGUAAAGGAUCAAGACCCAGACUGAUCAUUGAUGCUACAGGUUCGGUUGUGAAGAAAUUCUUAAAGUUGAGCAAGCAAAAAACAAGCUCAAUCUUUCUGUAUGAAGGAUUGGUCUAUGAUUCAUAA